AUGGGUUCGCCACCCCAUCGCAGUCUCUACGAUGAGGCUUUUGACCGGUUCAAAAAGUUGAAGCACGAGCGUUAUACCGAUCCAAAGGAGGUGGCCGUCCUCAAUGAGUUCCUGCGUGAAUAUGCCGGACCAGAAGACGCCAAGGAAGCCGCCCAGCAGUUGCAAGCAGCUACUGGCAAGAAGUAUGGCAAUAAGAAGCUGGCCGAUGUGGAAAUUCCAGAAUCGUGGAUCACCAAUAUCAUGGAGAACAUCGAGAACUUCAUCACGGCCGGAGACUACCUGACGGAAGGGGCUCCAGAAAGCGUCGGGCUGGCCUGGUACGCCGUCAAGCUAACCCUGACAGCCAUCCACAGCAACUACGAGCUUUACAAGUUUUUUGGCACGGCCCUCAGCGAUAUCAGUGAGAUUAUGAUCAUCGUUCGUCAUUACGACCGACUCUACGAUGAACGCGGCAAAAAGCCCGACUGGAAGCCCAGUCCGCUGGUGGAGAAGCUGUUCCAGGAUGUGACGGAAACCUACGUGGCCGUCCUCGACUUUUCGUUUGCUGUGAAGCGUCAUAUCACGGCUGGGUCGUUUGCUCGGCUCAAGCAUGGCCUCAAAGACUUUUUCGGGGCUAACAAGCGCGAGACAAUUGCUAUCCUCAAAAAGAAAAUCCUCGAGGGCAGCCAGGGUGCCUUCCAAGACAAGACUCUUACCCAGCUCCAGGGUGUGUCGUCAGUUGUGGCCGAUAUUGCCAGCUCUAUCAAGCAGUUCGAGACCUUCCACCACAAGAUUGACAUGAUUACCCAGAAAAUGGACGAGCUGGCCAGCAAUACCAAGCGCAAGUCUCCGUGGGACUUUGCCCUGGAAGACUACAAGGCAUACCAGGAAGCGCUGCAACCGCUAGAAGGGUGUCGGAGAGUUUUGGGUGACACCAUUGAUGCGCUUGUUGCGAUGCCUGAAGGCACUUGCAGCUGGGUCUUCGAGGAGCUGGACUAUGAGACGUGGGAGCAGUCGGACGAGUGUGAGAUGUUGUGCAUUACGGGCGAAGAAGGAACUGGAAAAUCCUAUGUCAUGGCGUCCAUUGUCAGACAGUUCCUCCCAGGCCAGGGUGAUGAUGACGAGGACGAGGAGGAUGCAUGGAACCCGGAUACCGCCUACCUUUACGUCACCUGCAAUCCUGACGCCAAGGAAGGCAAAGAUCAAGUCAUCACAGCUGAGACGGUUCUGCACACACUGCUUUCUCAGCUCUAUGAGUUGGCCCUGGAGACAAAGAACGCGAGUCUUCUGGAGAGCUGCACUGCAGUGUUCAAGGCCGCAAAAGCAAACUUGCAAAAUGCCCAGCCCCACGAGAGAGAGCGCCUGUCCGAGUUUCCGCAGUUCGUUGGAGGGUUUUGCAAGCUGGUCCGUCUUUUGCAAAGAGAUGUGGUCGUGGUGGUUGAUGGAAUCAGCAAGUCGACCCUCGAGGGUCAACACCAGCGAACGCUCCUUCGGGAACUUCGUUCUCUUCGGGGCCAAGUCGACGAAUUGGUCAAGAAUCACAUUCUCAUUCUUGUUGGGUGCAGCUCUCCCACAACGUUUCAGAACGACUAUCAGCAUGACGAGGAGUUUCCCAACCAGUUGAUCAUUGAUGUUGGCGAAGGCAAUGGGAAAGAUCUUCGAGCGUUCCUGGCGAAUGAACUCGACAACAUCCCAGGCCUCACCUCCAAGGAACGCGAGGAGGCUACGGUUGCUAUCCUGGACAAGGCGCAGUCCAAGUUCUCGUAUCUUGUCAAGACUGCCAUCCCGUUUAUGAAGGAACCAUUCCAGCGACCGCUCUCUAAACGGCUUCUGGAGCUCCCGGGUGGUCUGGGGGAUGUGUAUUCCAAGGCCCUACGCAACCUAAAGCCCAACUACAUCGGUCUUCUCAAGACUGCCCUCACGUGGGUUGUGCUCGCCAAAGACAACCAAAUCUCAGCACGAGAAGUCAUGGACGACUUUCAGGGUACUUACACCAACCCCGUGGGUGAUAUCUCCAGCGACAACACAGAGGAUGACCUCGCCUUUGAGCACAUUUCAAGUCUGGAAAGGGAACAGCUCCUGCAGGCAGUGGAAGGCAUUCUGAAACUCAGCUCUGUCGAGGGCAGGUUCAUGGUUCAUGCGCCCAUCGGAGAGCUUGACGAUAUCGAGGAUUUCUUUUUCAGCUCUAACGGGGCGACUGCUGAAGCGGAUAACGAACUGGAAGCCACCGAACUCUGCGCAAAGUGCAAAACGAGUGAUGCCAUGCACAAGGCUCUGAAGAUCGACGCUCGCGAAGGGCAUUUGCAGCUGGCUCUGGCUUGUCUGCGACAUCUCAACCACCCUCUGUUCCAGAAACACGCUGGCUUGUCAAGCAUUCCGGAGUCCAAGGUUCCAGAUUUUCAAAUGGAGGCUCUGCCCCCACAACAUAUGCUGACUGAGAAAAUGGUGCUGCCGUUGGAGAAUUCCGAUGACGAGGAAGAUGUUGUUGAUCCCAGUCUCUUCGAUCGUGAGCAUUUCAACUCCUGGGAAGACGAAGAAGACAGCGACUCAUCUUCUGAGACGGAACCUACGCACCACUUGAGAUACGAGCUUCUCAACUGGGCAUACCAUGUUCGCAAGGCUGAGGAGCUGUUUUCACCGGAGGAGAGGACUGACAGCAGCCUGUGGUCCCAGCUGAUGACAGAACUCGACGCCUUUUCGUCCAAAACUGAUCUCUUUUUUGCUUGGCAAACGAGCCAGCCGACCUCGAAUCCGCCAGAGGAACGCAAGUACACUCUUGCCAGCGGCUCUCACAAGCCGCUGCAUGUUGCUGCCUAUCUUGGGCUGACAAGCUGGGCCGAGCGUUUACUUGAGGCUGGUGCCGAUGUCAACGAAGUCUGCAAUGGUUUCACCCCAGUCCAGGUGGCAGCUUCAGUUGGGAAUAGGUUGGAGAUGAUGGAACUUCUGCUCGAGAAGGGCGCAGACCCAAAUUCGAAAUCCAAAUGGGGGUUCAACGCUUUUCACUACUGGAUCAGAAAUGACCAGCAGCUUGAGGGCGUCCAGUUGUUGCUUCAACAUGGCGCUGAUGCUCGCAUCAGGAACGAACCCUACGGCUGGACACCGCUACAUCUGUUUGCCCGAGAGGGAGCAGACCCAGCAGUGCUGGCUGCCCUGUUGGAGCAUGGCGCAGAGAUUGACGCCCCUGAAGGAGUGCUAAAACUCACCGCGUUCCACAUUCUGCUUGCUUUCAGGACUGCAGCACCCGAAGAUCUUUUGCUUGCUUUCAUUAGACACAAGGCUGACAUCAACGCCGAGAACCUUACCUCGGCCCGUCCUCUGCAGAUGCUCGCAACGCAGGGUCAGGUUAAGAACAUGGAGAUUCUUCUACGUGAGGGUGUUGUCGAGAUCGAUGACACGGAUAUUCAAGGGACAACUGCUUUGCAAGAAGCCAUUGCCAGCUUGCAUAUUGAUGCCGCCCGCUUACUGCUUGAGCAUGGUGCUGAUCCCGAAUUUACCGACACGCUCAAGAGGACUUCUUUGCAUCUGGCGUGCCGAAGAGGAGCAACAGAUAUUGCCAAACUGCUUGUUGAGCAUGGCUGUGACGUGAACAUCGUCGACGUCCAUGGCUGGACACCUUUUUUCAUUGCCCUUCUGGGGAAACUAGAAGGGAGCCACAAGACUGCGUCCCUGAUUCUCGACGCGCUUGUGCAGCGUGACAUUCCCCUUGCGGACAUCAACAAGGCUGGACGUAGCGGCAGAACUGCCCUUCGACAAGCGGCAUCUCGCGGGUUUGAUGACAUUGUGUCAAAGAUGAUUCAGGUAUCCAUUGAGCGCGACGACGCUGCCGCUCUUGCCAUCGACGUCAAGGACGAAAAGAAGGGAAUGACGGCUCUGCACCGUGCUGCCCUGGGAGGCCACGUCGAGUGCGUCCGCUUGCUGUUGGAGGCAAAAGCGGACGCCUCUAUCAAGGACACCUCCUCUCGAACUGCUCUCGUGUUGGCUUACGAACAGUGGGCAGUAGUCCACACUCCCGCCUUCGAGGACACGAUCGCCCUCCUCAUCUCGGCCGAUCCCACCGCCGCGAUUCAAGACUCCUCCUUGAUCGCGACCUGUGCCGCCAACGGAAGCGUCAAGCUCCUCAAGCAACUCUGGUCCCUCAACGCAGACUUUAGCCGCCCAGACCAAUUCGGCUGGCGGCCCAUCGAGCUGGUGCGCAAUUCGGGAAGCGAGGAAGCGGAAGAGUUUCUCCAGGAGCAGAACACCUGGGUGAAGAACCUGCCAUUUCGGUGGUCGACCUCUUUACCUGGCGCCACUGCCAUCGGCGCCAAGAGCGUAGGAGAGGAUGGUAUUACGAUACGACACCUCUCCGCGAAGGAGGUGUCCGUUUCGGCCGACAAGCCCCUUCCUCCGGGGUUGGAUCGUUACUAUUACGAGAUCACCAUCAAGGACACUCCUUCUCUCCCAGAGUCGGAAACUCUGCUUUGGCACAAGGCUAGGCCACCGAAGCCACUGGUGGCACUUGGAUUCAGUUCUGUCGGGGCGGCGGGUGUGAAGUUCCCUGGUGAGACCGUCAUGGAGAGUGACGUCAACCCGAACGCCAAGUCGUGGGCUUACAACUCGCGGGCUGGGGAGAUUUAUGCUUCUGAUGGGUCGGGGACGAAUUUUAUUGGGAUGGCUUAUGGGGAGGUGGGUGAUGUGAUUGGUGUUGGGGUUGAUUUGGCCCAGAGGGAGAUGUGGGCUACGAAGAACGGGGUCAAAGUGGGUGUGUAUGAUGAUGAGGAUGGAGACGUGUCGGGGAGGUUGUUUCCUAUUGUUGGGUUUGGGGGGUUUGUGCAGUUUGAGGUUAACUUUGGAGGGCCUGGGAGGGAGUUUGUUUGGAAGGGCGAGCAGGAGGAGGAAGAGGAGGAGGAGGGCAGUCAAGGGGAUGAUGAGGGAGAAGAUAGAAUCGAUGGGGAUGACGGUGACGAGAAAGAGGAAGAGUAG